AUUUUUGUUUACGAGAUUUCACCUUGUUACGAGACUUACUUGAGGACCUCUCUACCAAUGUGAUGUGCCCUAUUUUUACGAGAGUCAGCUUUCCUCUUCUGGACCACAAGGUCAGGACUUUAAUUUGCACAAGGUAAGGAUUUUAAUUUGAAUGAAUGAAUGUACGAGGAGAUGAAACGCAAAAAUGAGAAUGGAGAAUUAGCCCACUCGUUGGAGCCGACGCAGAUCUUGUGCGAGCAAUGAAGGAAUGAAUGAAAGCUCUUGGGAGCAGCAGGUUCCUACGUGUUACGUACACACUACUUCUUGUCACGAGCCAACGAGAUCCUAAUUGUCUGUGUUUCUUCCAUAGUACAUCAUUUAUAAUCAACGACUACAAUGUCAAUGGAGCACUUUCAUUACAUGCACUGCUUAUAAUUCGAUGGUCUUGUAGUUGGUUCUACUUCUACUUGUUC